AUGGACUCGCCACUCGCCACGCAGCUCUUUCGCCAGCUUUUCUCGCAUCGAGCGUCGCAAUGUCUUGCCCGCGGAGCUCGACCAGCGCUCGCAGGCGCCCGCAUACCACACCAGCAAAGACGAGGGAAGGUCACACGGUUGGGUGAGGGAGAAACGAGGCGGGAGAGCAGAUGGACACCGAGGAAGAAUGUAUUUCCCCAAGAGAGGGCGGAAGAAUUCGAGAGAUAUCCAAUGGUUACCGCGGACAUGCUGCGGAGUAGGAGAGAAAGACCGCGCAGAGUCAAGAUGCUAUUGCGUGACUUCAUAGAAGACAGCUUGUAUAACCCCAACUACGGCUACUUCUCGAAGCAAGUUGUCAUCUUCUCUCCCGGCGAACCGUUCGACUUCAAUUCCAUGAGCUCUGAGCACGAAUUCUUCCAGCAACUGCGGCAUCGCUACACUGCCUUCGAAGAUGAUCUCGAUUAUCAAGAGCCGAAUGACCUGCGCCAACUCUGGCAUACGCCGACCGAACUCUUUUCACCUUACUACGGAGAAGCAAUCGCACGCUACCUUGUAGAAGACUACAAGUACAACUUCUACCCAUACCAUGACCUGAACAUAUACGAGAUGGGCGCGGGUAACGGUACGAUGAUGUUGAACAUUCUUGACUUCAUAAGAGACGUGCAUCCCGAAGUGUACGAGCGAACCAAGUUCAAGAUCAUCGAAAUCUCCAGUCAACUGGCCGACCUUCAACAGAAGGGUCUAGGACACUCAGCAUAUGCGCGAGGACACUCUGACAAAGUGGAAAUCAUCAAUCGCAGUGUUUUCGACUGGAAUAUCUAUGUCUCCUCGCCCUGCUACUUCCUUGCCUUGGAAGUUUUCGACAACUUCGCACACGAUGCCCUAAAGUACGACUUCGAAACGGGCCUUCCGUAUCAAUCCCAUGUCGUCGUCGAUCCUCGUGGAGAGCUCUUCGAAUACUAUUCCCGCACCAUAGAUCCCCUCGUUACCCAGUUCCUUGAGCGCAGACACGCUGCUUGUACCAACUAUCCUCAUCCGCUGCAAGGCUCGCGGCUCAUGAACAAUCUGAGGAGCUUGGUACCGUUUCGCUCCAAUAUGAGCAUACCAGAGUAUAUACCGACACGGCUUAUGCAGUUCUUCUACAUGCUAUACGAGAAAUUUCCAAAUCACAAGUUGAUUAGUAGCGAUUUCCACAAACUGGGCGAUGCGGUCGAGGGCAUCAAUGCGCCAGUUGUGCAAACGAGAUACAAGAGGCAGAUGAUUCCUGUUUCGACGCCUCUUGUGCACCAAGGCUACUUUGACAUACUCUUUCCCACUGACUUUGAAGUCAUGGAGCCCAUGUACACGGCAAUAACCGGACGCUUCGCACGAACAUACCUACACGAAGACUUCAUGGCUGGCAGAGCAGAUAUUGCGGAGACGACUACGAAGAAUGGUGAUAAUCCGUUGCUGAGCUGGUACAAGAACGCCAGUGUCAUGAUUACUGUGUAG